AUGCCUGAGCUCAUGGAGUCCAUGUCAAACGGAAUUUUCCACAACUUGAUUACAACCUUGAUUCAAGAUCUCGUUGCGAGAGAGACCUCAAAAGAACAGUUGCUAAGAGCCAGAUACCCAGACCUGAAGCCAUAUCACUACAGUACGGACCACCAACUCGACAUACACGGCAAACCAAAACAGCAGGAGUCAUCGCACUAUCUGCAUUGUGACAACUGCGGGAGAGACGUUUCAGCCAACCGAUUCGCUGCUCAUUUGCAGAGAUGCCUAGGUAGGGGUUCAAGAAGGUGA